AUUCCGCAGUUCCCCGGCCAGUUGAUUCGUUCCGUGAUGUCUGCCAAAUUCUUUUUCGUUUUAAAAGGCGAUUUAAUCGAAAAGGGCGAUUCUAGUUUACAAAUCGUGUCGCUGCGAAAUCCGGCCACGAAGAGCGAAUCAAAAUACUUGCUGCGCCUGGAAUGCGGAACAUCCGUGUACGAAGUGAAUUGUUUCAACGAACCACAUCGAUCCUGGUUCAUCAAUGAGACGGUGUGCUCGAACGGGAAGAUAUUCCUGCCCACUCCCAUCGAUCCGCUGUUUCUCUUGCUGCCCUACCUUGAGCAGCACUGCACGGAACGGGCGGUUCCUCUGGAGCAGGUGUUGAUCGACGACGAGUUUCCACGGGUCGCAGCCCUAGCCGAGGCACUGAAACCCUCUCGAAUAAUCUUACUGACCGAUGAAAAGCGGGCCGGCAAUAUCGUCGCGUACCGGUACAAUGAGUCCAAAGCCUUGGCAUGGUUGGUGAGCAAAUGCCACCGAUUGGCCGGGAUCGUCAACAAGCAGGACGGUUCGGCGGCUCGAUCUAAAAACUUCAUCAAAGAAGAGAAGGAGAACGAAGUGGACGGAGAUGAAUCGGCCGCUCUGCAGACUGCGUACGGUCUUGUCAGCGAUUAUCUGUCGCUGGAAAUGGGAAAGAAGUUGGCCAACGCGCUAGGCUUCCCCGAGGAUGAUAAUGUUUCGAAGAAGCGUAAAUCCGUCCUCGACCUGGAGGCGGUGCAGGUGAAGCGGAUCAAGAAGGAAGAAGUACACGAGACCACUCCGAUCAAGCUGCCGGCCUCGGAGAAGAAGGUUACGGCCAAGGCGAAAGCGUUGGCAAAGGCUGCCAGUGGGUCGAAAAGUAUUUCUAGCUUUUUCAAGAAAUAAAAUCAGUGUAUAUUUACUCUUUA